AUGCGACGAAUCCCAACCACAUUUCCCAUUUCACAGGAGCUCAAUGAACGUCUUGAGGUCUACAUGGUAGGCCGCAAAUUGCGGGGUGUCUGGUAUUCAGGAACAUACUCCGUUAGUCUUUGCGAAAGACGCUCACCAUAACCCGGUAUUAAGUCUUCAGUUUCUACCAGGACCGACUCACUGACCAAAAGGAUUUGGUACAUGUAGACAGAGCUCGAUACUUACUUAGAUGUCUGUUAACCAACAGGAAAACGAUGCCGAAAGUCCAGACAUGUACAUUUGCUUGCCACAGGUAAAAAUCCCUUUUUUUUGACCAGAUUAUUAUCAAGCUGAUGGGCUGCGCGGCCAAAGUACACGAUUUUGACGCUAACACAUAUUGGCGACAAGGGAACACUUCUGGUCACUGAAGCCGAGCAAUCUUUCAUCCUUGCACCGGAGUCCGGAGAGGUUGUUUGCCAGCAAAGUCUAAUAUGCAUCAGAAGAUGUGCUUGUUGCAUACCUACUUAUGCCUACAUCACGUUACCACUUGGUCGGAGGAGAAUUUCCGUGGUUUAUGUAAUUCAAGUAAUCAGGCUGAAGAUCGUUUUCAGUAAGUCGCUAUAAGGCCUGUGCAAGUACAUAUACGUGAUCUAGUGGAAGAUACAGCGAUGGAAACGCGGAGGGAGAGGUGGACGGUGUGGUAUAAAAUAGAAGGAUGAGGGAAGGGAUUACGAUAAGUUUGAAUGACAUGAGGUCUUGAAGAAAGAAGGGAGAACUCGAUAACCGCGUAUUAGGAGGAUUUGUUGUGAGGAAGAAAGUCCGACUAACAGGCUGUUGUGGACGUUGUCUGCAGGGUUGAUUGUUGUCAAGUGGUAAACCACGGUAUUUGAUCAAAAUAACCUUUGCUACUUCUGAAUGCAAGAGGCAGAACUAACUAAACGGAUAGUGGCCGCCUUGGAUGUAAUCAGCUGGAUCUAACCUAUUAGCUCCGACCGACCUCUAGAACCUCGUAGGCAGCCUUGGAUGCUUCUGUCACCCACUUCGCUUUCAGUGUACACUAGAUCGGUUGGGAAAAUGAUAUAGAGAGUUGUGGCCUGACAAAAUCAAAUUCUGCCGUGUUUUUGCAUCCUUUGGAAGCACGACUCGUCUUUCAAACCAUUUAACCUGUUCCAAGGAAUACUUGACUGUGUAGAUGUCUAAUGAUGAGGCCUGAAGUAACACUCUGUUGACACCUUUUGCAUGAUGGAGUUCAUUGCUAGCGAAUACUACCCCCAGGUCGAGCUAAAUUUUAGUAUGUGGCAAAAAUAUCCGAUCAACAGAAGAAUUCCUGCUGCACGAUCAGAAAGGGUCAGCAAUAUGUUAAAUUCCUGAGUACUGGGGGAAGGGUAAGAAACACUUGUAGUCACUCAGUCCCUAAGAUUUGAUUAGGCUGUGGUGACUUUAGGUAUUUGUGACCAGCAAGUCAUGCCAGUUCUUCGUUAAAAAGCGAAAAUUGCUCUAAGUAUUGCUUCGGCAGAGCUGGGGCGCUCCAAGGCAUGAGAGCUUUGAAAAUUUACACUAAAUGUUAGUCGAGUGUAAUCGGCUGACAGUUGGUUUGCUCUGGCAAGAUGGCAAACCUAGUUCGAAAGGGAUACUGCACUUUAUUGUCCUUAUAAUUUUUUUAUCUACUAAGAAACGUUGCUUUAAAAGGUCGUGUAAAGCACUAAAAACAAGUAAACUUACCGUCGCUGAGAGAUGACGGACAGCGACGAAGGCGAACCGAUCGAUGCGCGUGUCACACUGGCUUACGCCCCAUCAGCCGAAAGUGAGUGAUUCACGUAAAUACUGAUCAGUGAGAUUAAGUCAGCAUCAGCUGUUCAGUCAUUCUCAUAAAAUCAAUAGUUUGCUUCCACUAAACUGUUACUAUCACUUAAUUUGCUUAAGCCAAACGGAUGACGAAUUAAGCGUCGCUGCUCGUGCAGUUAGCGAAGAAAUAUCUUACAUGUGGAAGGCCGAAACGACGCUUCGUCAUCAUAGCACAAAACUGGCGUCGAAGACAAUAAAGUACAUUGGAAAUCAAGGAUUGUAUAGCAAAUGAUCAUUUAUUACAAGAUACAGUUUAUGGUCGCUCUAAACGUUAGGGAUUCUAACCUUUCAAGCAGCAAAUUUAAAAACAUUAAAAAUUAGAGCUGUAUGGCGAGGGAAAUACGAAGCUUUCAGCAUCCCUUCUGUGGUUUUGGAGGGCAAUGUUUAGAAAUCUUGCGUUAGCCUGAAAAGGAUUAGGGAAAAAGGCAGCGCCUAAAUCUAAGUUAAAAAAGACUCGUGUGUUACCUCUAGCCUAUAAAAUCUGUAAGAUGUGGUUAUGUAGCCGCACCCAAUGGACGCAAUACUGUUGACCUACUUAAUUAUUUUGAUUUGGUGUGAUUAGGUUGGCAUGGUGUUGCUGUGCGUUGCGGUGUUUUUUCAAUAGUCGGCCUUGUUUCUUUGUUGUCGUAUCUACAUUUUUGGCCCAAUGCCGGCGGUCGUUUCAACAUUCGGCCUGUCGUUUCCUUCUAACUUUCGCGUUGGAUGUUUCAGGGUUAGGGUUUAGGGCUUCGGCUAAGGGUUAGGGUUGGGGCUAGGGUUAGAGUUAGGGUUAAGGCUUAGGGUAAGGAGUUAUGGGCUAGUUGUUAAAGUUAGGGGAUAAGGGCUUAGGGUUAGGGAAACUUUUUCUAAACCGCUCAAAGUAUGUCGGCGCAUUCUCAAUGGCUUUUAUUUGCACGCUUACUUGACCUUGUCGCUUGUGCGUUCCCCGGUUCCACCUGUAAAACGCGCAUCAACACCGAUCCCAUAUUAUAGGUAGCUGCUACUUGUUUUCCUCAGGUGAAUCUAUAUCACCACAACUAACCACGAAAUCAUAUAUCUUAGGUGGAAUGACCGUCGGAACUUACAUUGUCUAAACCAUAUACGGUAUAGCUUAUUCAAACAUCCAAAUUAUUUGGGAUACGGUAGCAAAGAAUCAGAUUGACAUUACAUAUUUCCCAGAAAUAAAAGAUUAGAGAAUUCCUGGAUAAACAUCGAUGAAUACAAUUUCAGCACGGGAAGAGAUUUGGGAUUCAGUGCUGUCUACCAUGCGCCUAAUUAUAUCCGUUGGAUUCUAAAGUUCAUUAAAAAGAAGACGAAGGCACGAUCACUGGGACGGUGGAUUUAUUGGCCUUCGCUUUCGAAUUCGAACUGGAGUUCAUCAUCAGAGACUGCUAGAGUGCAGCAACGUGUGGACAUUUAUAUCGUUGUGCCGUGAGGGGAGGGGGACUACGUCCGUGGCUAGGUUUGGUUUGUGCUGCCUGGCCCACAAUGGUUCCCUGACGUGGUGACGCCGUUCGUACUUCGCGGCGAUGUGAGCUGCGCCACCUGGCUGCGUGGGCGGAGCUCGUGAUAUCGCGCAGGAAAUCAAUGUGUCUAUUGAUAGAGUUGGUGUCUGACACCCACGCCUCCAAUAGUUCUCGCCUCGUCUUGUUGCCGGCUCGCGCCAAUAUCCGCGUGUCGGGGAAGUCGAACUUAUGGCCUUCCUCCAGCGUGUGAGGGGCGACUUGAGAUAAUAGGUCGCCUAUCCAAACGGUACGUUUGUGCUCAAGUAUUCGUGAGCUGAGACGUCGUCCUGUUAGGCCUGUGCAGUGGCAAGGACAGUUAUGGCGCGGGAUUUGAUAGACACCCGCGUUCAGCCGAUCUUUCAUUUUAAUGAUCCUGCUGCGCAUGGUAGCCGCCGGAUGAUGAGCGAUGCCCACGCCUAACUCUGAAGCAAUGCGUUCUGUAGCCUCGGACACAUUCUUUUUGUACGGUAGGGAGUGCGAAGUUGUUGGUGUCUCACUUCCGUUUGUCCGUCGUGGGUGCGUGCGUAUGCAGCGACUGAUGAAACUAUUUGGGUAGCCGUUUCUUGUUAAUUGGCCCCUGAGAUGCCGUAGUUCUUGCAUCAUUCCUUCGGGCUCGCAACAGUGCGUUUUUACCCGGUCGAAAAGUGCCCUCACACAGCCCCUUUUGUGCACCAAUGGGUGCUUGCUAUGAUAGUUGAGGACCUGUGUUGUAAUGUUAGUUUUUCUGUGCACUGUAGUGCCGAGUUUACCAUCAGCUGUGCGCGUGACGAACACGUCAAGGAAGGGUAGUUUCUCGGCCUCCUCGUCUUCGUUUGUAAACUAGAUGUCGGGGAAGAUGCUGUCAAGCAUUUCUUGAGAAUCCGAUAGCCUGUCCUUUUUAAUAAUGAAAAAUGUAUUGUCCACGUAUCGGCGCCAAAACGCAGGUUUGUAGUGGCUGAAAGCAACCUUAUCCAGCUCUUGUUGGACCAAUUCCGCAACUAGGCUGGAUAUUGAGGAACCCAUGGGUGUUCCUUUGAUUUGUUCGUAUGUUCUGCACUCGAAAGUGAAAUAGGGUCGUUGGCAGAAUGCAAAGAGCUGCAUUAGGUGCUGAAUAUUUAGGGGCCAUGUCGUUUAGUCGUACUUUUCUUCAAGGCGUUUGCGUAGCACGUCGCGCGCCAAUUCUGGUGGGCUGGACGUGAAAAGUGAGACAACGUCGAAGAAUACCAUGAUUUGGUCGAGUUGAAUAGUAUAUCUCCGAAUGUCGGUAAGGAAUUGGGAGGCCGAAUUGUCUAACGCCACAGAGCCCUCUCGGAGAAAAUUGAGUUUUCGGGAUAGAUCGUAUGUGGGACUGUCUUUCAGGGCCAUGAGUUAGACUUCCCCGACACGCGGAUAUUGGCCCGAACCGGCAACAAGACGAGGCGAGAACUGUUGGAGGCGUGGGUGUGGGACACCAACUCUAUCAACAGACACAUUGAUUUCCUGCGUGAUAUCACGAGCUCCGCCCACGCAGCCAGGUGGCGCAACUCAAAUCGCCGCGAAGAACAAACGGCGUCACCACGUCGGGGAACCGUUGUGGGCCAGGCAGCCCAAACUAGACCUAGCCACGGACGUAGUUCCCCUCCCCUCACUGCACAACGAUAUAAAUGUCCACUCGUUGCUGCACUCUAGCAGUCUCUGAAGAUGAACUCCAGUUCGAGUUCAAAAGCUAAGGCCAAUAAAUCCACCGUCCCAGUGAUCGUGCCUUCGUCUUCCUUUAAACAAUAACCUUGGAUGCGCAUAUUCUCUUUCAUUCUAUAGUUCAUCUUCCCUGAACAACUGAAUUGCCCGCCGCCGCCGCCACCACCACCACCACCACCACCACCACUACCACCACCACCACCGCCACCACCACUGUCCCAACGGCGGCCGCUCAGGCAGCCGUCUCGCACAUCUCCAACCGCGACACAACAACCGGCACCACCCCCGCCUCUCCUGACUCCAGCAAUGAGAAUCAGGACUACACCUGCCCUCCCUGCGAUCGCACCUUCACCUCACGUAUUGUCCUGGUCGGUCACUUGCGAAUCCAUCGCACAGAGACCGGCGAACCAGUGCCUGAAGCACCAACCUACACCCACCGCACUCGCCUCAACUGCCCACACUGCCCUCGCACCUUCACGCAUCGCAUGGGUCUAUUCGGCCACAUGCGCAUCUACGAGAGCGGAAUCGACCACAAUUCCGACACACCAACCACGCCCAUCAUGCCCAGCACCACCCUCGCACCGUCCAUCUGCGCCACCACCAACGCCUCCUCUGUAACUGAUUCUGACACCGCCGACUUCACGUGCCCACACUGUCCACGCACAUUUGCCUCACGCAUCGGUCUGGUCGGUUACUUGCGAAUCCAUCGCACGGAGUCUGGAGAACCAGUGCCUGGAGCACCAACCUACACCCACCAAAGCUCGUCUCAACUGCCCACACUGUCCUCGCACUUUCAGGCACUGCAUGGGCCUAUUCGGCCACAUGCGCAUCCACGACGACCUGCGGUAGACAACCGCCGGUUACACCACACAUCCACAUACACUCCCUACCCUCCUCUACCAUCACCAACACACAUCAACACUUACCCACCGCAUGCACCAACUGCCAUUUUCCACACAAGUGGGAAGUGUGCAUCUCGACUCGGUUCCCACGCGGCUUCGGCUGUACGGGUGAUUUGA